AUGGAUUGGGCGGAGCCUGAGGUUGGACUAACUCUGGGCGAGGGUGCCUUCGGUGUGGUCUCAGUGUGCAAGAGAAGAGCCACAGGAGAGGAGUUUGCUGUCAAGAUGGUGGAUAAGGUUGAGACGACAGUGGAGGCCAUCAAGAAGGAAGCUGAAAUGCUUCAGGCCAUGGCUCGGCAGCCCAGAGAACAGCUGAAAUGCUUCAGCCGCAGGUGCUUCGUGUGUAUCGUCAUGGACAAGUUGGAUGGCGGUGAUUUGGUGGAAGGUUUGCAGCGGCACCUCAAGGAACGUGGCCAGAUCAAUUGCCACGAUGUGGUGCACGUGGCGUGCCCCGGCAGCUGGGUCAUGGCUGGAGCCCAUUUCACGCUACUGGGUUGGACCUCCCUUGUCGUUGAUGUCUAUUUCUGUUUCAUGUAA